UUCAUGUGCGUAACACUGGGCGGGGAGGGAAAAGCAGGAGCGUACGGCGCGAGGUGAUGGAGCACCGAGCAGAUAGAUUCUCUCCGCCCAUGUGAACCUCCCCUCCAUUUUCCUUUCCUUUUCUCCUCCCCUGGGCCCGCACAACUCCCCACCCUCUCUGCCACCCUCGAAACCUGUGUAAUUUGUCAUCAUCACUCUCCCUGUGCUGAUCUUUUCAUUUUCACCGAAAUGAAAAAUAAAAUUGUGAGAAACAGCUUUCACUCGUUAUUAAUGAAAGGAAAUAUAAAUAUACAUAUAUAUAUAUAUAUAUAUAUAUUGGACCCCACCUGCCCUGCCCUUUUUUAUUCGUCUCUUCAAUAAAAUCCUCCACCGAGGCUACCACCACUCUUGGCAGUAGCAGUAACCCUACAGCCUCCGCCCCUGCCUUCUCUCUUUAAAACCACUACUCAUGUGCCACUGGGUGUGACCCAGAGGAGUGCGCCCGGUACUGUAGUACACCACCACCGCUCUCCCUGCUGCACUGCCCAACUUCCAUUUCCCAUCGCCAUAAGCCAUGGCGGCUAACGGGAGAAAUCUCCACCUUCUGCUCUUCUUCACUCUCUUCUCGUCCCACAUUGCAGUUGAGGUGUCAGCGACGGCUCUCUUGCUCUACAACAAGUGCUCGCAUCCGGUAUGGCCAGGCAUCCAACCCAGCGCCGGCAAGCCCAUUCUGGCACGCGGCGGCUUCAAGCUCCCUCCCAGCAAGGCCUUAACCCUCCGCCUACCCGCCCAGUGGUCCGGCCGCGUCUGGGGCCGCCAAGGCUGCGUCUUCGACUCCGCCGGCCGUGGUGGCUGCGCCACCGGAGACUGCGGCGGCUCCCUUUUCUGCAACGGCCUCGGCGGCACCCCUCCCGCCACUCUCGCCGAAAUCACCCUCACCAACGACCAGGACUUUUACGACGUAAGCCUCGUCGACGGCUACAACCUCCCCAUCUCCAUGAAGCCCUUCAAGGGCACCGGAAAAUGCAGCUACGCCGGGUGCGUUAGCGACCUCAACCCCAUGUGCCCCGUCGGGCUGCAGGUGAGAUCUCCUGACAAGAAGCGUGUGGUGGGUUGCAAGAGCGCCUGCUUCGCCUUCAACUCCCCCAGGUACUGCUGCACCGGAAACUAUGGAAACGCGCAUACGUGCAGGCCCACGGCGUACUCUAGAAUCUUCAAGGCGGCGUGUCCCAGAGCCUAUUCUUACGCUUACGACGAUCCUUCCAGUCUCUCAACCUGCACCGGCGCCAGUUAUCUUGUUACCUUCUGCCCUCACCAUUAAUUAACCAGCUAGCUUAGUAUGGCUGUUGAUUAGUUAGUGAGAUUAUAGUGGAGAUGUAUGAUGUAGCUACACUAAUAGUGUUUUAGGAUUUGGGGAUUCUGCAGGAUGGGCUCUUUGAUGAGGGCAUCAAAUGCGGAAGCGGGUCUUAAUUAAAAUGAAAAAAGUCCAAAUAAAAAGGUUAAAUGUUUUCCCCCCUGAUUUAAUUCUUGUUGUGGCGUGUGGGAAUGGGCCAGGGCAUUGUUUAGCGUGCGUGCUGUCUUUGUGUCUGUUUGUCUUUGUAUGUAUGGGGAUGCUAAAAAACAUAGUUGGAAUCUUUUCUAGUCUA